UUCACUUCCUGUAGUCUUUUUUUUUUAAAUACGAAUGGGGCUUCGUACGUUUGCUCAGACAGUACUGUGCAAGUUUUUUUUGUAGACUGACAUAAACAAAUCACAGUUAAAGAUCAACUUGCGAAGAGAGAAAAGAGGGAUCUUCGAUUUUUCUUCGAAUUGUUUCUGGGACGAAUAUGUAAAUGGUUUAAUGCAAAAUGGCUGUUUGUGGUUUAUCUGUCUGGGAGAAAGAAUUAAUCAUAUGUGGGCAGAGAGUGUGAAAUCAUUGCUAAAUGCGCUCCCAGACAGAUACAGUGACUACAUCGAAAAGUGGGGCUCAUUUGUAUUUUGUAGCUUUACAAGAGCUGAACACUCGCUUCAUUUUCUGUACAGACUUUUUAAACACUUUUUAAAUGUGGAUGGACGGAUAUUUUCGCAAAAUGUAUUUAUCUUUGGCAGUGCUGUGUUCUUUAAUUAAAAGCAGCGUUUCUUUCAAUCUGGAUAUAGACGAUCCUUCUGUUUACUCUGGUCCUGCUAGGAGCUACUUUGGAUUUUCAGUGGAUUUCUUCAAGCCAGAUGACAGCCAGUUAAACAUCUUGAUAGGCGCUCCUAAAGCAAAUGCGUCUUUUUCAACGCUUGUGGAGAGAGGAGUAGUUUACAGCUGUCCCUGGCAAACAAACACACCGUGUCAGGAAUUACAGUUUGACAAUACAGAUGACAGGAAAGGAAUCGAUGGCUCUCCAAUGGAAUUCAAAUCCAGCCAGUGGUUUGGAGCCACUGUGCGGUCAAGUGGUGACCAGAUAUUGGCAUGUGCUCCACUCUAUCAGUGGAGGACAUUUGGGAAUGCAGAAAGAGAGCCCGUUGGAACCUGUUUCCUGAAAAAAGGAGGGCGAAUAGUGGAAUACUCACCUUGUCGAACAGCCUUGGGCAACCCUGAAGGACAAGGAUUUUGCCAGGCAGGAUUCAGCAUAGACUUUGUAAAGCAGAAUAACCGUGUGGUUGUUGGAGGACCUGGUAGCUUUUAUUGGCAAGGUCAGCUGAUCUCUGAUGAGAUUUCUGAAAUUAUAAACAACUACAAACCUGAUUACUUCAUAACAUACAAGAAUCAGCUUGCAACAAAAACAGCCAGUGCCCAGUUUGAUGACAGCUAUUUAGGUUACUCUGUGACUGUUGGAGAUUUUAACAAUGAUGGAACAGAUGAUUUUGUCACAGGAGUUCCUAGAGGUGCAAAGGCUCUUGGAUAUGUUACCAUUUUAAAUGGAAAAAACAUGGAAUCAAUGGUUAAUUUCACCGGCGAACAGAUGGCUGCUUACUUUGGUCAUUCCGUGGGUGCAACUGACAUCAAUAAUGAUGGUUUUGUAGAUCUAUUUAUUGGAGCCCCUCUCUUCAUGGACCGAGGUUCAGAUGGGAAACUAAGAGAGGUUGGCCAGGUCUAUGUGUACAUGGGAAAGGGUCAGUUCACAUUCCCUAAACUGCAGAAGCUGACUGGCACUGAAAUCUACUCCCGAUUUGGCAGCGCCAUCACUCCUCUUGGAGACCUUGACAUGGAUGGAUUUAACGAUAUUGCAAUUGCUGCUCCCUAUGGAGGGCCUGACCGCAGGGGCCUUGUUUACAUCCACAACGGAAGAGCUACAGGCCCUGAUCCCUCUGCAUCCCAGGUCCUAGAAGGGAAAUGGGCUUCUACUUCCAUGCCGCCCAGCUUUGGCUACUCAAUGCAUGGUGCCACGGACAUAGAUUUAAAUGGGUACCCAGACUUGAUUGUUGGUGUUUUUGGAGCAGAUAAGGCAGUACUAUACAGAGCAAGACCAGUUAUAAGUGUAAACGCUACACUCGAUAUCAACCCCCUAAUUGUCAACCCAGAGGAUAAAAGCUGUUUGUUACCUGAUUCUUCAAAAAAAGUGUCAUGUUUUAAAGUGAAAUACUGUCUGAAGGCAAACGGGAAGGGAGCACCUUCAAUGCUCCACUUUCAGGUGGACCUGCACUUAGACAGACUCAAACACAAAGGAGCAAUAAAGAGGGCCCUGUUUCUGCACAGCAGUUUGUCAUCCCAUACAAAAAACAUGACUGUGAAUACUGGCAAAGCCCCUUCGUGUGAAGAGCUGGAUGCAUAUUUACGAGAUGAUUCAGAGUUCAGGGACAAGAUUACUCCAAUUUCCAUCUUUAUGGAGUACAAAUUAGAUUAUAAAACUGCUGCAGAUAAAACUGGACUUAUGCCUAUUCUGGACCAGUUUACCCCUGCUAACAUCUCCAAACAGGCCCACAUUUUACUGGACUGCGGUGAUGAUAAUAUCUGUAAACCAGAUCUCAGACUAUCUGUGAAAAGCGACCAGAAACAGAUCUUUAUUGGGGAUGACAGCCCGUUGACGUUAGAGGUCACUGCAGAGAACAAUGGAGAGGGGGCAUACGAGGCAGAAUUGCAUGUGUUCAUGCCUCCCCAGGCAGACUUCAUCGGUGUAGUACGGAAUAGUGAGGUAUUGUCACGAUUGUCUUGUGCUUAUAAGACGGAAAACCAAACCAGGUCAGUGGUAUGUGACCUUGGAAAUCCAAUGAAAGGUGGAACAAAACUUGUGGCUGGUCUGCGGUUCAGUGUGCAUCAGCUUUCAGAGCAGGACACUUCAGUGAAGUUUGACUUGCAGAUCAAGAGUUCCAACCAGUUUGAUAAUACUAGCAAUUUGGUGUCCACAGUCACUGAUCUUGCAGUCUUGGCAAAAGUAGAAAUCCGAGGUGUAUCUGCACCUGAUCAGAUCUUUCUCCCCAUCGCUAAUUGGCAGCCCAAGGAGAACCCUGUGUUAGAGGAUGACAUUGGACCUCUUGUGCAGCAUAUCUAUGAGCUUCGAAAUAAUGGUCCAAGCACAUUUAGCAAGGCAAUGUUAGACAUUGACUGGCCUUACAAGUUCAACAACGGGUCUCUUCUUUACAUUACUAAUUACGAAAUUGAUGGACCAAUGAACUGUACUACUGAUAUGGAAAUUAAUCCCUUGAAUGUCACAAUGCCUGCAGCACCAAAGCAGAAUACUACAGUUAUAAGUGGAGAUUCUCGGAAUGAAGGAAAAAAUAAACGCCGUCGCAGAGAUGCCCCACAGAUGGAAGGGAACCUGGAAGCUUUGAACUGUGAGAAAGCAGAAUGUCUCAAAAUCAGAUGUCAGGUCGGUCGCUUAGAGCGAGGAAAGAGUGCAAUUCUCUUCAUCAGGUCCAGACUGUGGGCUGCUACCUUCUUGAGCGGUGAAAACCAGAACCGGUCAUACAUUGCAAGAUCAUCAGCCUCUUUUAAUGUCAUAGAAAUGCCAUACAAAAACCUUAAGUAUGAGUUACCAUCCAAUUCUACAGUGGUUAACACCUCUAUUAUGUGGGUUAUAAUAGACAACCCACCACCAGUGCCCGGGUGGAUAAUUGCACUAGCAGUUCUUGCUGGGCUCCUUCUUUUGGCUCUGUUGAUCUUUGUCAUGUAUAAGUUUGGCUUUUUUAAGCGUGUGCGCCCGCCCCAGGAAGAUGGCACUGAGAAAGAGCAAUUGCAGCCUCAGGAGAAUGGAGAUGGAAAUACAGAAGCUUGAAAAACUCCUGGGACUUGGGGACAUGUGACCAUGUGUGGCCAAACCGUUUGCUACAGAGUUUCUCAAUCCCAGGCAGUGUCCACUCACGGUUUUGUACUAUUGGAAAAAUUAUUUAGUAGCCAGGGCAACAAAAAAGUGCCGUAACCACUGUAAUUGGACACACUUCAAACCUUUUCUUCAGUUUUUAAGUAGGAGAGCAGAACUCAGAAGCAAAUCGUGAUCAGUUUCUCAAAGUGUAUUUAAGCCGACAUUUGAGAUUUGUUUUGUUUGCGUUCCCAAACACAGAACUGCCCAGAACAAGCAGUCAGAACAUUAAAGUAAGAGAAGAUUACUUAAAGAUAGACCACUGUGAUUUAUUCUAAAACAUUGACUCCCAGUGUGAUUGAGGAUGCUUACAGUCCUUGUUACUGUUUGCUUACCUGCUGGUUAUUUCUAUGCAACUCAGUGCACUGAUGCUUUUAUAGAUUAUUUUAUUAUUUUUAUUAAGGUAGGAAAAAAGCUGAAAGGCAUUAGAAUGACAGCUGGGUGAUAGCAACCAAAUGAGCUAGACAGUGUGAAUGAAUAGCUCUCGUUUCUAACCUUUUUUAUAUUAUGUUGUGACUUCUGAUGAAAGUGUUUUAAGGUCUUAGCUUUCAGUGUUUUGACAUGGCAAUAUGAAAGAAAAUUAAAUUUCUGUGUAUGUGGAAAAAUCGAAACCAAGGGAGGGCUUUUUCAGGGCUCAUUUUUGUCAUUACAAUGGCUACAGUAAUGUUGUUGAAUAUUAAAAGUGCAAAAGUGAUUCUAGAUAUUUUAAAAUGUUAAGGUCUUCCAAACUAAAAUUGACUAAAAAUUGGUGAUGUGUUGUCAACUAAUUUCACUUAAAUUUUAAAUAGGUUUAAAGUUCACCAAGACUAAUUUUGGCAUUAUGUUGAGUAGCAAAGAAUAUAAAAUAAUCCUACCUCCUACUUUUCUGGGGAGGCUGUACAUAAAUUGAUUCUUUUUGAUGUAGAUAAAGAAUGAAAAGAAAGGUUCUGCAAGACCACAGUUUUGUUAAAAAAAAACAAAAUUCUAACAUUUAGAUUAUAUGGUGGGUUAAUGUAAUGCAGUAAUUUUUCUUUUCAAUGGCUUCUCCAUUGCAUUUUCAUCUGUAUUAUUUUAGGCUUUUCUGAUGCUGAUUUAUAUUGCAGUGAUUUGUCAGAUUACACAUGUAUAGUAGAGAUCACCCCAUGCUUUACUGAACAGAGUGAGUAUUCUUGUCAGCAUUAACCUUACUGCUCUUACAAUGCAAUGCAGAUCAGAACAACUAGAUUUAAUGGUACGUAAUAUCAGGAGUUUGGCAAAAACUCUGUAUGUGUACAUAUGUGUGUGUGUGUGUGUAUUGAUUUUAGGUCAAUUUAUCAAGUAAGAAUUUUGUAAUAACAUACAACUUAACUUAAAGUCAAGUUAAGUAAUUGCAGAUAGAAAACUAAUAGAAUGCUAAUUCAGUAUCUGCAUUCAGCAUUUUAUACCAUAACAGUGCUUACUAUGACAAGAGUUUAUUUUCAGUUGUUGCAGGGGUGUCUUAAUUAUGAACCUUAGUAGCUGGUAUGUCUGCAAAUUGUUUAGGUUUCUUUAAAGCAGCAGCAACUGAAAUCGUUAAAUCAGUCUAAUUAAGCCAUCAAUGGACUGAUUAGGCCAUCAAGAGCUGAUCUGAAAUUUAAAACCUGCACAUAGACAGAACCUAAAGCACUAGGACUGGACACCUUGCUUUAUAGAAAAUGUUUAUUUUUCUAGAUGUAGUGAUAAAUAUCUACUUAUAGUAUAAUGCUUUUGAUACGUGUUAUUUGUUAAGAUGAACUACAUGAUAUACUGCCCUGUUGCUGGAAGUAUGCUGAAAAUGUUUAGAAACACAAACUGAGAAUCAAGAUAACCUUAGAAUGCAGAAAGUUAGGUCUAUAAUUUUAAGAUUUGGUAAUGACAUUACCUCAUCAUUUGUAAAAGAAUUUCAGGCAGUAAAAUUCAGUUAGUCAAGAAUCAUACAAGUCUCAGUGUACUCAAGUUGGUCCCCUGUUACGGUACAAGUAGUAAAGCAUAGAUUGAGAGACAUAGCACUUAAAUCAGAGGGAGGUUCCUAUAUUAAGCUUGAAAAACAACCACAAAAUCUCUAAACUCACUUUGAAGUGUUUGAUAUUUCUGGGUCUAACAGCAGAGACACAGUGUAGGUGGCAGUGUGUCAUGGACUCUAAAUAGGCAGGGACUAGGAAAACGGUUACCCACAAGCUGAUGCAGUGCAAACCUUUUACAAUGCAAUGCAGAAAUCGUGCUAAAAGCCAAAAAGGAAAUAGAAACAAAACUAGCUUUUAUUUGGGUUCUACCAAUAUUUCUUCAUCUCCUUUACUACCAGUUUCUAGCCCCUCUGCAUAGCCAGAGGAUCUGCUCCUUUCUUUAGGCAGCAGAUGUAGUACACCAUCAGGAGCUCUUGCACUUCCUGUUUAUACCACCAGUCUAACCAAUCACAAUUGUUGUGCUGUUUAUGUAAUGCUAUUACAUCAUCUCCUCCAAGGGGCGGUGUUGUAGAAAGGACAUUAUGUGCCAUCUACACAACUUGAUUUACAGCUGGCCACUGCAUGACACUGAUUAAUAAUGAUUGAAGCAAAAACUCGAGUGACACUUGACACGUGCGAAAGGUGUUAGCACUGGUAUCAACUUCAGCAAUUAUAACAUUGCUAUGCUACUACCACAAAGAACUGAGGAAGUUGUUAGUCUUGUGUUUUCUUCUGACUGAAUGUGGUUUGCAUUUGCCAUAUGAAACAGAAUCAAGAUUCAUCAGAAAACGUGUGCGAUUACUGCCAAAACAUUCCCAGAGAUAAUUUGCACUUAUUUUUGCUGAAUAAAGGGUGUGGUGAUUAAGAACAGUGAAAAACAGUUUGUACAAGUUAUUUAUGCAGACAUUACCUUUGAAUGUGCAAACUCAUAUGUGAAUGUUUCUUAAGGGCAUGUUUUCUUGCACAUUUUGCCAUUUAACAUUUUAGAGGUAUUGAGAUCACAGAAGCAUGAGUUCCAACAUCAUUUGUCAUAUUUGCUCAUCAAAUCUCUUGCAAUAUGAUGCAAACAGGUGAACCAAUUAACAGAUAUGAUGUGUUGUGUUUCUAAAAUGCUUCAGUAUAGACCCUAAACUGCUGAAAAAAUACUUUGGAAAAAUACAUAAAACACUAUUGGAGUAGGUCUGGUUUUCAUCUUAUUCAGACCAAAUGUCAAAUGAAUAUCCUGGCAUUGAUCAAUUGCACUCUUAAUUUACAGUAACAAAGCAGUAAAUAUUUUAAGUACAAUAUUUCUUUUAUUACUGACAUAGCAGUUGCCUUCUCAGAUAUGUUGUUUUUAUAUACAUACGCACACAUAUACUUACACAUGCAAAAUGUAAAUAAAACUGUAUGAUUAAAGUCAUAACAACAAUGGGGGAAAAAUAUGCUUGUACAUUCUUAGGAUAGCAUUAAAAUAACAAAAUAGUAAACUAAGACAAGUGCUCAUCGGGGUGUGAAUGUUUAACCCAAACAAUACAACUUUUAUCUAUAUUCAUUGUUAAGUACCUACAAGUCUGUGCAACUGCACACAAAAAACAUUUAUUCCAGUACAUAUAUUUAUAUUUUAGGUGUGUUAAAUACUAGUCACCCACAUUGGGUGAAUAGAUUAGGGUGGGUUAAAAUAAAUUCAACUUUGUACAGCAGUUGGGAAAUUAAAAGUAAAUUAAAAUUACAGAGCAACACAAAACCUCUUAUUAAGUGGUAGAUAGCUGUGGAUUACAGAUAAUUUGUAUUUGCUUUUUAAAAUGGUUUUAUUACUGCUUUAUUUAUUAUCUCUUACAUUAACCUUUUGUCAGGGUUUGACUAAUUUCUCAAUGUCUUUAUUAAAAUACAGUAGCAAAUAUCCUGGUUUCUUUAACAAAUGUAUUUUGUUGAAUUUUGAUUUACCCCCAUUGUUUUUUCUCUUUGAACCUUCAAGUAUGAGGAAAUAAUGUCACAUUACCAUGAUCAUGAAAAGUAACCAGAUUAAACUGAAAUAAGAAUUAAUGAACAUGUAUGCAAUUCUUUAUUUUCUUCAUCUGUUUUCUGAUGUACAAUUUUUGCCAAAAUUGGCAAUUAUUUCAUACCAAGACUUGUUUUGGAAAUCACUGGUUUUACCCAGAAAAUUGGACAGUGCAUUGUGAAAUGUCUAAAAUGAGUUUUAAAAUGUAAAUUUAAACCUGUUCUGGUGUUAUAGUCUUAAUACAGUAUUAAUUCCAGUUGUAUAUUAUAAAAUAUUUCCAGUUGCUUAUGAAGCACACAUAAUGAUCACUCCAUUUAAAAAUGUAUCUUUUUCUAUAUGUCAUUGCCCUUACAAUUUCGUGUAAUGGGUUCAUUGAUUUGUAUUUAUGGUUUGAGAUUGGGAUUUAAAUAAAGGGGCAUCUUGGUUCUGUU